CUGAUGACACUUUAGACCCGGACCCAACAGAUUACCGAGAGGAACUGAGUCUCAGAUACUUUUUAAGUUUUAACUCUUUUUUAUUCGGAAUCUACAUUAUUAUUCAUACAAUCAGUCCCAAAAAAACCAUGUCUAGUUUACUAAGCACUCCUCCACGUCACCGAGACAUAAGUUUAGUUUAGGUUUUGAAAAAAUGAAAUGGCGCGCUCAUUUUUAAUUUUAGGAAGCUAAUUUCUAUGUUUCUUUGUUUCCUAUGAAACCUUUACAUAGAGCAAAUGCGCUUCAAACCUUCGCUUCUUUAGGAGCCUCUCAAUCUCCAAAGCUACCUCUCAAUGAUGUCCAUCGUUUUAUCGAUGCCCGUAUCAUCAAAACGGGCUUCAAUCCACAAACAUGCCGUUUUAACUUCCGGGUCAACGGUUUUCUCCAAAGAGGUGAAUUGUCCCACGCACGUCAACUGUUUGAUCAAAUGCCUCAGAAGAAUACAAUCUCGACGAACAUGAUGAUUUCCGGUUAUGUGAAAUCGGGCAAUCUUUCUUAUGCUAGAGAGUUGUUUGACGCCAUGGUUGAACGUACAGCAGUGACUUGGACAAUCUUGAUAGGUGGGUAUUCGCAAUCUAAUCAAUUUCGAGAAGCUUUUAAGCUUUUUGCGGCGAUGUGUAGGUGGGGGACCCAACCGGAUUAUAUAACUUUUGCGACUCUCUUAUCUGGAUGCAGUGACUCAGAGACGGCGAAUGAAGUUGUUCAAGUCCAUGCCCAUAUUGUUAAACUGGGAUUUGAUUCGACUCUCAUGGUUUGCAAUUCCUUGGUUGAUGCUUACUGCAAAACACGUUGCCUAGAUUUAGCUUGUCAGCUUUUUCAGGAAAUGCCUGAAAGAGAUUGCGUCACUUUGAAUGCGAUGAUAACAGGGUUCUCAAGAGAUGGGAUGAAUGAAGACGCAAUAAAGCUCUUUAUGCAUAUGCAGCGUUUUGGUUUCAAGCCUUCAGAGUUUACUUUUGCCGCAGUUCUAUGUGCUGGGAUUGGAUUAGAUGACAUGGUAUUUGGGCAGCAAAUUCACUCUUUUGUGGUGAAGACCAACUUUGUUUGGAAUGUGUUUGUGGGGAAUGCUUUGCUCGAUUUCUACUCAAAGCACAGUCGUGUGCUUGAAGCAAGGAAAUUUUUUGAUGAGAUGCCAGAGUUGGAUGGCGUAUCAUACAAUGUAAUCAUCUCGGGUUACGCAUGGGAUGGGCAAAUCAAAGAGUCUCUUGAUCUUUUCCGGGAAUUACAGUAUACCAGAUUUGAUCGCAGGCAAUUCCCUCUGGCAACCUUGUUGAGCAUUGCAGCCAAUACAUUGGACUUGGAAAUGGGUCGACAAAUUCAUUCCCAAGCUAUUGUGUCAACAGCUGAUUCAGAAGUUCUGGUUGGAAAUUCUUUGGUUGACGUGUAUGCCAAAUGUGGCAGAUUUGAGGAAGCGAAAAAGAUAUUUGCAAAUUUAGCCCACAAAAGCACAGUUCCAUGGACUGCGAUGAUCUCAGGUUAUGUUCAGAAGGGACUCCAUGAAGAAAGCCUAAAACUGUUCAAUGAGAUGCGUAGAACCAAUGUAAGUGCUGACCAGGCAACUUUUGCUAGCAUCUUGAGGGCUUCUGCAAAUUUAGCCUCCCUCUCACUAGGGAAACAGUUACAUUCAUUUGUAAUCAGAUCAGGAUUUCUGUCAAAUGUAUUUUCUGGAAGUGCACUCGUAGAUAUGUAUGCCAAAUGUGGGUCAUUAAAAGAUGCACUUCAAAGUUUUCAAGAAAUGCCUGAAAGGAACCCAGUCUCUUGGAAUGCCCUAAUCUCAGCUUAUGCACAGAAUGGAGAUGGUGUAGGCACUCUUAUGUCUUUUGAACAAAUGGUCCAGUCAGGUUUUCAACCAGAUUCAGUUAGCUUUCUUAGUGUCUUAACUGCUUGUAGCCAUUGUGGGCACAUUGACAAAGCAUUGCAAUACUUCAACUCCAUGACUCAAGUUUAUAAACUUGUUCCCAAAAAAGAACACUAUGCAUCAUUGGUUGAUGUGUUGUGUCGGAGUGGACGGUUUGAUGAAGCAGAGAAGUUGAUGGCUCAAAUGCCAUUUGAACCUGAUGAGAUUAUGUGGUCAUCAGUUCUAAAUUCAUGUAGAAUUCAUAAAAAUCAAGAAUUGGCUAAGAAAGCAGCAGACCAACUUUUCAGUAUGGAAGAGCUUAGGGAUGCUGCUCCUUAUGUCAAUAUGUCCAAUAUUUAUGCAGCAGUAGGCCAGUGGGACAAUGUUGGGAAGGUAAAGAAGGCAAUGAGGGAUAGAGGACUUAAAAAGGUCCCUGCUUAUAGCUGGGUUGAAAUCGAACAUAAGAAUCAUGUCUUCUCAGCAAAUGACAAAUCCCACCCGCAAAUGGGGGAUAUCAUGAGAAAGAUUGAUAUGCUGGUGAAGAAAAUGGAAAAGGAAGGAUACAAGCCAGACACAGGUUGUGCCCUUCACAAUGUAGAUGAGGAGAUCAAAGCAGAGUCUCUUAAAUAUCAUAGUGAACGCUUGGCAAUUGCAUAUGCUCUGAUCAGUACACCAGAAGGGUCACCUAUACUUGUGAUGAAGAAUCUAAGAGCUUGCACAGACUGCCAUGCUGCAAUCAAGGUGAUCUCAAGGAUUGUCGCAAGGGAAAUCACAGUCAGGGAUUCAAGCAGAUUCCAUCAUUUUAGAGAUGGUUUUUGCUCUUGUGGGGACUAUUGGUGACCUUUAUAAACCCCAAAUGGGUGGAUUAUAAUGUGUCUUAAUUUCUGUUGCAGUUAAGAUUUGAUUCCCUCUUUUUUCCUCAAAUUGAUUUCCAAGAUAGAGCUAAGCGACUAAAUGACAAGAGUCAUGAGAUUGUUUGAUGGGGUUCAAGGCCCUUGGUUCAUCUUCACAGGAUGGGCGUGUCAAUGCUCUAUACUCUACCCCAUCCAUAUAUACUGAUGCAAAGUUGCUACAUAUGAAUCCUAGCCAAUCAAGACUGAUGACUUUUUCCUUGCCUAUGUGGACAAGGAACUACUAUUUUAGGGCGUGCUUAGGUCAAAGUCCAACCGAGACACCCAAGUAUUUGCUUGCAUUUUCAGUGCCUGUAUGUACCACCACUUGGU